UCUGACUCUUAUUAGACACUUAUUAACAAUGGUAUAGCAUCCAAUCAGAUCGAAUUCAAGAACUAUUUAAGGAGUGAUUGCUUUACUCCAGAUAAAAAAUCAGCUUAUAAUAAAUAAGGUUGACAAAGAGCAAAUAAAACACAGUUAUGAUAAGAACAUGAAGUUAUCUGUCCAUAAGAAGCAUCUGACAAGUGAGAGGAGGAACUUUGUUAAGGAAAAUAUUAAAAAUCAGCUGUCCUCUUAUGACAAGAUCAAAUAUCUGAAAAGUAAAUGCAGUUUUAGCGGUGACCAGAAGCAAUUAGAUUCAGCCUUUGAAUACCAGCCCGAAGAGAAACUUUCUGAUCGUAAAUUUAAAGAGAAAAAGAUCAUUUCCACUGCAGUUUAUAAGCCUCAUGGGAAAGUCAGGACCCGGACUAGGAAUUUGCUUCAUAAGUAUACAAAAUCUAGCAGGUCAGAUAAGAGCGAUGAGGAAUUAAUGAAAACUACCAGUUCAAUGGGGAUGAAAUCCCGAAAUACUCCUCUGAAGAACUACCAUAGCUCGAAUUUCAAUAAAUCAUCUAAAAAUUAUGGCCUUGGUGUUUCAUAUGAGGAGAUACAGCGCAGAAGGAAGGAGACCAAGAGUCCUGAUUAUACCGCAACCUCCGUUCUUGCCAAAGCAAAGAAGGAGAAGAUCAAAUGCUAUGCUAAGAAGCCAAGGAAUUAUAAGAAGAACAAGGCCCAUAAGGAAAAGAAGGCUAAGAAUUCGCCAAAGAAGGACCCAAAUGAAAGUGUGCGACGCCUAGCACAGUUUAUUAACAUUGUCAAGGAACCUGCCUCAGAGAGCGAAGAGGUCAUGGGUGAUGUCGAGGAAAAGACCCCUUUUGAAAUGAACAUGUUAGGGAAGGGCUCCAGUCUACCUCAAUGUAACAUCUCUGGGCAUACUAGCCAGAAAGACCUGGCUCUUAGUCCUUCCCAGGGAAAACUGAAAGAGGCCACGAAGUAUGAUUAUCUGAACAAUAAGACAAUUUUUGAGAAAAAGGAGGAUAUCUCUGAUGACUACAGGAAAGAGAGGCUGAGUAAUGUCCGAAGUAGCCUGAAGAAGAUACAGGAGCAACACUUACGAAGAUCUACCUAUCUUGGAUCGACCUUGUCCCGAACAGAGCAUUUCAAGCUUAACGAAGAAAGUAAGUUUGGGCUGUCAGAAUACAACAACACCAAAGCAUCUUCUCCAGGAGUAUUUUUCGCCGAGAAUCGUGAGUCUAAGCUUGGAUUUCAGACUGCAAGGAAUGUCAAGCCGGAAGUUGUUCACAUUGAUUUUUCAGCUGCUCGACCAAGAGUUGAUAAAGUCUCUCAGAGUGUGCAAGAGCAUGCCAAGCCAGCUAAAAAGGCCAUGUCUGACUACGAGAAUGAGAUAACUCAUGAAAAGAGAAAGAAAGCUCUUCAUUCUGAAAUAACUAAAUCAUGAAUUACCAAGUCAGCAGUGGACCUGGAAACAGCAGAGAAUUACUAUGAGAAAGCUUUGGCAGCCAUGGUCGGCAUGAGAGAAGAAUACGAAAAUCUGCUACAGAAAGAGAAAGAUAUUUCAGCUGCUCUGAGAGAUCAAGUAGAGACCCUUCAGAAAGAGCUCGUUACUCAGAGAGACUCAAGAGUCGACCCUCCUCUCAACACAGAGGGAAAGGUGACUCAGACCGAAUCUGUAGAGACAUGUGAAAACUUCUGUCAGACCCAGAGUAUGGAGGAGCUCACUCGCUCGGCUGGCAGUGAGCCACAGAUGAGGAACCUACUACUGGCUAAAACUUCCAAUACUGACAGUACCAGGAUCAGAAAUAUGCAGCAAGAAUUGAUGAAAUUGCAAGAGCAAGUUGUACAGCUGAAGAUGGCCAAUAAAGGGCUCAAGAAGGAAGGCGAUGCUAAAGAAGAGAAAAUUCGAUAUCUCUCAGCACCGAACAAGGACUAUUUGAACAAUGUUGAUCAGGCUGAGAACAGAGAGAGACUUAAUUCCCAAGCAGUUGAAGUAAUCAAAAAUCGAUUGACUGAGAUCGACUCAGAAGAAAUUUCGCAUGAAUCCAUUCUGGACUUUGAUCAACAAGAAGUAGUUAUUGAGUCUGCUCAUGAAGAGGUUGAAGCAACUGUAAGUGAGAAGGCAACAGUUACCUACCAGAUUCGUGAGCCCUCCCUGCACGAUUUAGUCAAUGCGAAGGACGAUAAACAACAGCUGAUUUCUAAGGAAGAAGUUACAGAAGCUUUAUAUAACCAAUCCUCGGCCUCACCUGAGAAUAAGUGCACCAAAGUAGCAGAGCAAUCAAACGAUGUAUCUCAAAGCAGUAGUUGUGCGAAGAAAUCCAAAAAGAGCUCCUGGCUUGACUCAGAAAGAGACUCAGAAUUAGAUGUGGUCCCUAGUGACAGAGAGGAAGAAAAUCCCCAAGCUCUUCAACCAGAGCCCCUUCUGCAAUAUAUCCAUGUUCUGACAAAGAUAAGUGAGGAAAACUUGGACGCAUAGG